AGGCAGACACAUGAGAAGUGACUUCAGAUCCAUGUUACAGUCUUGCUGGUUGGUCAACUGGUCACUUGGGUCCAUGGAAGAAUGCAAAGGGUAGAAGAGGAAAAAAGGCAUGAUCUGCAGAAUUUUUCUGAUACCCAGCAAGUGCUGUUUUUAGAAACUCUUUUUUCUGCAGAUCCUUCUGAGGGCUGUGUUUUUAGGUGUGGGCACAGGAAAUGGCUCUGGGGUGCUUUGGAGCAAAGCCUCCCCUCUCUGGCAAUCCUGGGAGCGCCCCAUGGGAUGGAGGAGAGGCCUGGCAGUCAGGCAAAGGUUAGGGGAGGGAAGCAAAGGCAGAGGCCCAGAACAGCUCCAGGAAAUGUUUGUAUUUCUCCACCAGGAGGGAGGACAAACAAGCUUUUUUCGUGCCUUCUGGGCAGCUCUGCUUGCUCUCCAGCACAGAGAAAGUCUGAGGACAAAGAGCCAGGCAGAAAAUUAAAAUCCUCUGGGACUGGACCCGACAACCCCUCUACAGCAUGAAUGUCAUUGGAUCUGCCAGCUGCGUCCCAGAAGUGAACACUUGAAUUUCAAAGCUUUUCCCAGCCUAGUGGGGAAACAGGCAACUUGGGACCCAGAAUCCAGAAAAAGGACUUUCCUGAGCUUCUCAUUUCCUUGCUGAAAUUUGUUCUCCCAGCCGUGGCUGCACCCACCCCAUGCACGGGCAGCACCUGCAUUCCUGGGGAAAGACGUUAGAGGCGGCAGCUGGUGAGUGGUAGCCUGCAGAUAAGCAUCCGUGUGGGGGGACUUCAGGGCUACCGGCACACGGAACAUUUGUCCUCUGUCCACCAUGGACAACGGAUCGUGCUGCCUGAUCGAGGGGGACCCCAUCUUUCAGGUGAUGCCCCCACUGCUGAUUCUGGCCUUCGUGCUGGGUGCCCUGGGCAAUGGCAUCGCCCUGUGCGGCUUCUGCUUUCACAUGAAGACCUGGAAGCCGAGCACUAUUUACCUUUUUAACUUGGCCGUGGCUGACUUCCUUCUCAUGAUCUGCCUGCCCUUUCGGACAGACUACUACCGCAGACAAAGACAAUGGGCCUUUGAGGAUAUUCCCUGUCGGGUGGCGCUCUUCAUGCUGGCCACAAACAGGGCUGGGAGCAUCGUCUUCCUGACAGUGGUGGCUGUGGACAGGUAUUUCAAGGUGGUCCACCCCCACCAUACGGUGAACAGCAUCUCCAACCGGGCUGCAGCUGGCAUUGUCUGUGUCCUCUGGACCAUGGUCAUCCUGGGGACUCUCUACCUUUUGAUGGAGAACCAUCUGUGUGUGCAAGAGAAGACUGUCUCUUGUGAGAGCUUCAUCAUGGAGUCGGCCAACGGCUGGCAUGACAUCAUGUUCCAGCUGGAGUUCUUUCUGCCCCUCAGCGUCAUCUUGUUCUGCUCCUUCAAGAUUAUUUGGAGCCUGAAGCAGAGGCAGCAGCUGGCCAGGCAGACUCGAAUGAAGAAGGCUACUCGGUUCAUCAUGGUAGUGGCGGCUGUGUUCAUCACAUGCUACCUGCCUAGUGUGUCAGCCAGACUGUAUUUCCUCUGGACGGUGCCCUCAAGUGCCUGUAAUCCCUCUGUCCACAUAGCCCUCCACAUCACUCUCAGCUUCACAUACAUGAACAGUACGCUGGACCCUCUGGUGUAUUAUUUUUCAAGCCCCUCAUUCCCCAAAUUCUAUACCAAGCUUAAAAUCUGCAGCUUGAGACCCAAACAUCCAGGACGUUCCAAGGCUCGGAGGCCGAAAGAGAUGCCAAUUUCAAACCUCUGUCGCAAGAGUCGCAUCAGUGUGGCAAAUAGCUUCCAAAGACAAUCUGAUGUGCAGUAGGAUCUCCAAAUGUGUUGAAUGGCACUAAAACAGAGAAAAUCAAGGAGGACAAACUGGCAACUUUGAAAUAAUUCAUGCUAAGGGGUGGGGGGUUUGAGAAUGCCAUCCUUGCUUACACGUAUCCCCCUCACUCUGUUGGAAAUGAAAUCCAGGUUAUUGUCUUUUGGAAGGUCCCAGUUGAGAAGUGAGUCAGUUGCAUUUAUAUGAUCUGAUUACAAUGACAGGAUGAUGUGCACAUGAAAUGGGGCAUGUGUAUGUUGGGUGGGGGGUUAGGAAGAGUUCGGCUCCUACGUCAUUUUAAGUGGCUAAGUAAAUAGAUAGCAAUGUUUAACCCAGUAAUGAUCUCUCUCGUGCGGGCAGUUAGUGAACUUAAUGACUUAUUAGUGUUUUCUAUCGUCUGACCUUAAAUAAUUACUUGUCUUAGAAAUAGAAACUGGAGUAGGUCAAUGCUUUUAUUUCAGGCUGAGUGAGGCUCUUUAGAUUGGGAUGUCUUGAUGCUCAUGAUUUUCAUCUUCAUGGGAUCCCUCUAUACAUUGCUGACUUCUUAGUAGCCCAAGAAGAAUGACAGCAAAAUGAUCUGCUCUGACCUACCUUGAACUUUGCAUUUUUAUGCAAGGCUUUGCAUUUCAAAGAAGGUUCUAAGGGAUAUGUUAGCUGCUCUAAUUUUUCUAGUGGGAGCUGAGUGCUUGAAAAACUCCAGUUGGAUCUUUGGGAAGUGCUGAAUUUGACAUAAUUGCAUUUUACUGCUUGUUUUGUUACUAUGAAAUGAAGUUAUUCAUUCACAUAUUCUCCAUGUAUUUACUGAAUCCAUAUUCUGUGUCAGGCACUAUGCUAGUGUCCUUUUUACCUGGAGGGCUGUUAGUCAAAUCUGGUGUGAUAGCAAAGUUUGUGGGUGGUUUUUUGGGGGGGUGCAAACAGAGGUUAAUAACCUUCGCUCUUUCAAUGAAUACAGUUUGUAGACUUGUUUUCUGCAACAUCAGUGUUUUCCUCAUAUUUCAGGAUUCUGUAUAAACAACAAAGGGUGCAAAGGCAGUGAUCCCUUAUGCUCGUGAAUUUCUCAGAUAUGUAUCUGGAGCCCUCAAAACUAGAUGAUUACAUGGGAUGACAGGCUGCCCCUGCCCUGGAUUAGGUGGAAAGAUUCCAAGCAACUUGAGCUUCGUUCUCAAACCACUAAGUGGUGAAAGUCAUUCUAGGCUCCUUUAUUUACACUUUCUCAAGCUCCCUGGGUACUCUCUGCACUUCAGGACCUUUUUGUUCUUUGACCUAAAAACACCUCUAUAGGCUAUCCUUUUCCAGAGACACUGCACAACCUGGGCAGUAGGAAGUCAGAUGAAUCUAAGCCUGAAACCCAGCUUGACCACUUACUGGAUGUGUGAUCUAGGGGCAGAUUUUACUUAAAUACUUUAAGCUUCAAUCUCCUCAUCUGUCAAACAGUGGUACCAACAAUGUUGACUUCAAAAGGUCACUGGGUGUAUUCAAUGAAUGAAGAGACUGAAGCAUAGGGACUUAGUUUGCUGUAAAACCUCAGUGCCUAGAAGAGUGCCUGGACAUGGUCGGCUCACUAGAUAUUUGAAUGAGUAAAUACAGGGAAACCAGUAAGUACCAUGUUAGUGUCAUGACUUGUUAUGUAACACACUUUACACAUAAAGAAAUAGGCACAGAAGCAAUUUUCUUUAAGAUUCAAAGCCCUUAAGUAGCUGCCCCACUGUCACUACCCAAAUGCCCCAGCUGCUAGGGAAGGAGUGAAGGCAAGGAUUCUUAUCAGCAUCAAGGAAACACAUAGCCUCCUGAUAGACAUUAACGAAAACCCUCCCUUCUGCUUUUAAUUGCAUUCUUAAUUAUAAUUAUUUUCUGGGCUGCUCUUUUGUUACUUCACCUUAAUAAAAAUGGGUUUUGUAAGAAAGCCUGUGUCCUG